AUGGCAUUAGGGAAGCUCAAAACUAAAAUCAACACCUCAUCUUCAUCGUCCAUUUCAAACACUGGACCGGCAUAUGAAACUCUUAGUAGGCAAAUUGUCGAUACAGACGAUAUUGAUGAGAACGAUGAAUCUGGGCAAAGUAUCUUGCUAGGUAUUAUUACGCAGCUCAAGCCAGGUUGCGAUUUAUCGAGAAUUACCUUGCCAACAUUUAUCCUUGAGAAGAAAUCAAUGCUUGAAAGGAUUACAAACCAAUUGCAGUACCCUGAUAUUUUACUAGAAGCGCACCAGGAGAAAGACGAUUUGAAAAGAUUUGUGGGUGUAGUGAAAUGGUAUCUCUCCGGGUGGCACAUAGCACCUAAAGCGGUCAAGAAGCCUCUAAAUCCUGUUUUAGGUGAAUACUUCACAGCAUAUUGGGAUCUGCCCAACAAACAGCAAGCUUUCUACAUAUCCGAGCAGACAAGUCACCACCCUCCAAAGUCAUCAUACUUUUAUAUGAUCCCCGAAUCUAACAUCAGAGUUGACGGUACUACAAUUCCGAAAUCAAGAUUUUUGGGAAACUCAACUGCAGCAAUGAUGGAAGGUCUUACCGUUUUGCAGUUUCUAGAUAUAAAGGAUUCUAAAGGAAAUCCUGAAAAGUAUACUCUGACGCAACCUAAUAUGUAUGCUAGGGGAAUUUUAUUUGGUAAAAUGAGGAUAGAAUUGGGGGAUCAUAUGGUGAUCAAAUCUCCUUCAUAUCAAGUUGAUAUUGAAUUUAAGACGAAAGGGUUUAUAUCAGGUACCUAUGACGCCAUCGAAGGCAUUAUAAAAGAUAAUUCUGGUAAGGAGUACUUCGAAAUUUCAGGAAAAUGGAACGAUGUCAUAUAUAUAAAAGAUUUGAGAAGCAAGGCUUCCAAGGUCGUGCUGUUCGAUGCGCACAAAGAAAAGCCUCUUAAACCCGAGGUUCGUCCUCUUGCAGAACAAGGUGAUUUUGAGUCUAGGAAAUUAUGGAAGAAAGUCACAGAUGCCUUGGCUGUACGCGAUCAUACCACAGCCACGGAGGAGAAGUUCAAAAUCGAAAACUAUCAAAGAGAGCUUGCGAAGAAGCGCUUAGAAGACGGUGUCGAAUUUCAUCCGAAGCUCUUCAGGCCUGCAAGUGGACCAAAUGAUGACCUUGAGUAUUACAUCUAUAAGCAAAUACCUGCAGGUGGAAGUCAUGAGGAUCAGAUAAGAAGUAUUUUAGAAAUUGCACCUAUUUUGCCUGGCCAGAAGUUUACUGAAAAGUUCAGUAUUCCGGCUUACAAAAAGCAUGAAAUUCAACAAAAGGAGAACCCGGUCGAUCCAUAG